AUGCUUUCAAACCCUACUAAGACAUUGAAGUGUUCAUCUAUCGGACUGCUGGUUGUUUUAACUGUCUUUGAAAGUGUAUUUUCGUCUUUAUUGCCYUACGACUUCGAMAACAACGAAGACGUCGAAAUUGUAGUUUUCACUUCAGAAGAUGAUGGCAGCGGCUUGCUUGGACAACUCUAUCUUCAAGGGCCAUCUCCUGAAAUUAAUAUUCAAUUAAGAUAUCGUGACAACGACACUAAAUACAACAGAAACGGUUUGGUUAAUCAUUAUUCCUCUCAAGGGAUUCAUCCGACAAUGAUGAUUUUCAAUGCAAGUUGGAAUGCUUCGCUGGAGUUGGACGAASUUGYCCAAACUAAGGACASCUUGUAUUGGAGACGCRACAUCACAAUUUCUAACCUCUUYUAUCAAGAGAAUAAGUAUUCAUUGAGAAGAUAUGAUUUCAUUGCUGAGCUUGGUAAGGGAUUAAACUUAUUUGAACAUCGUGGAAGUUUGAUUAUCAAAGAAGCAGAACCGUUGUUGGAUUUGCAAUUUGGAGACUUGGUCGACUCGGUUUCUGUGAAUGCAGAAGAGUUGAUAAUUAGAAACACUCCUUGCUCGGCCGUGGUUGCUGGUCUUGUUCCCAUAUCCAAUGCGAGCGAAAACCAAAAUUCUGGGUACUACUUCGGAGUCACRUACAAUUAUUUCAGCUCUUCUUCCAUGAAGUGGUUCAAUCUUCUAAAUCCUUCUUCUGGGACCCCAGAUAAACAUUCUCUUUGCAACCAAUCAUCAUUCGCAGAUUGCUCUGAUCUAUCAAUCCUUGAUUUUGCUCUUAUGAGAGACUAUCUUGUGUUUGUCACAACUCAUGGUAUUGCCGUGUCGCAGAGUUUCCAGGAAGCCUCAAAAAAUGGAUCUGGAUCAAAGAUAACAUUUACAAAAGUUCAAUCAGCUCAUCGGAUUAUUGACAGGGCAGUAACAACCAGUAGCCUAACWAGAAGCAAUGUCAAACUGUUCUAUACUUCAUAUUGCUACAGUGAUUUUGUGUCGGAUGGGAGAGAGGAAGUAUGCAUUGUCUAUAAUAACAAUACUGCUAAUGAUAUCCUUGUUCUAUGUGCUGUUCCACCUUAUAAUGAAUGGUUGAAGCAAGAUUUCAAUAACCUCUCUGGUGGCUCGUUGGUCGAUAAUUUAGUCCAUGACAUACAAAGAGAAACAAAAGUCUUAUUGGUAAWAGACACUUUAAAGGGAAGCUCAUUUAUUCAAGUUUACAAAGGAUCAUCAAAAAUCUUCCCAAUGUUUAGAUUUGGAGAGCCUGAUAUUGUCAAAAGUUUGCAUUAUCAUCUACAUACUGGUACCAUUUUUGCAUAUGGAUCACAGGUGUGGCAGUCACUAGAUGGAGGCAACUCCUUUCAUAGAGUGUCGUCCUUUCAAAACCAACAAAUCAGGUCGUUUGCAGUCGAUCUAUUUGGCGAAGUCUUUUCUGUUGUGACCAACAGUGGUACAAUUCUUGUUGGUAAAGUAGGGAUUCAUCGUACAGCUGUGCUCAAAACUAACGUCACGCUAUCGCAUGUAGUCAAUUCGCAAGUCGUCACUGAUUCUGAUAGUCUUGUAUUGCUAAAGGUGAACUCCAGCUCUUCACUGUCCAUCRRUCAUGAYGUCUUUAACCUCRAASUUUCUUCCGAUAUUAAAGAAGAGAUUCAGUCGACUUUGCUGGUCAAUUUCAAAUCAGAAACUAGAGUCGAGUUCUUGUUAGAUUGCGAGUGUUUUUCCACGUCAAACRUCGGUCAGAUUCUUCAUUCAAAGUACGGUGGUUUUGCUAUCAUAACUCAUAUACAAGAAGCCCCAAGCUUUAUUUCCAGUGUAUUUAAACAACACGUAUUUGGCUACGUUUYAAAGCCUUUUAACGAAGUARAAAGCAAUUCAMUUGCUAAAAUURAAGUCGAUUGGUCAGGGUGGAACGCAUCUUUAACAUUACUGAAUGGUGUAUGGGAAGAAGACGAUGUCGGACAAACUGUYGUACUUCCUAAUGGUCAAAGCUUUCUGUUAGUUCAUCGUCUCAGUCCAUCAAAGGCUAGUUGUUUGUCGUUUUUACCUUGGACAUACAAUGAUCCUUACCAUGGURYUCAYGAAGGAUGGASCUUGUAUGACUUUCGUGAUUCAAUAUCUAGUGAGAAAGCAUGGUGGCUGAAAGAAGACACUUGUAAAAGUAUCCUGAUUGAAGCGACGCAUUCAACACCUCAGUUCUAUCAUCUAGACUCCACAGAUUCAUUAGAAUUAACUGCAACGGUUGUUAGCAAGAAAACUGUACAUAAACCCAUACCAAGAGUUUUGAUAAGCCAUCCUGGACUCUUUACCACGACCUCGGUAUAUGAAAUGUCACAUUUGAAUACGACGCUAAAGAUUACUAUCAAACAAAGACCUUUAGCUUCAGGGACUUCACCUGUCACAGUCGUACUUGAGAACGCUUCGCUGUUUUGCCGUCGUACAUCUCUAACUGCUACAAUCCACAGUGGUUGUCCACCGUCUAAAACACUCCGAUGCAUUCACCCAUCGAUAUCCGCUGAUCGAGUGCAUAGUUAUAACCUACCAUACAAUUAUAGACCACCUUCAGUUCGAGGUAAAGCAAUACCAAUGACGAGCCAUAUUUACAACGUAGACCCCCUGAAACCGCAUUACAGAAGUGCCUAUGCAAUUACAAGAGAAACUGUUAGAUACAAGCAGUGCUUAAAUGUGGGUACUAGAGCUGGGUGUGGCUGUACACGUGCUCUACGAAGAUCAACCCUAAUAGAACACUCCGACUGUAUUGAUGCUGCUUAUAGGCUGUCAUUUUCGGAAAUGCUAAGGCCUAAAUUUCUUAUAUCAAGAACAGGGCGCGGGACUGAAUCUCUUAAGUCGCCGUUUUAUUUAGAGGAGCUUAACCAUCGCGUUGAUUACGUCAUUCUAAAUCCAUCUAACAAGACCGUGAUGGAAACCACCGCUAUUAUCAUGGAAGAACGCAUUAAUAGCUCCAUUGAAUUCAUGGGGUCAGGUCUAUACCAUUUUAGGGCUCACCCAGUUCGAGAAAAUUACACGUUUUGUGGACUUACCGCUGAGUUUGUAGUGUUUAUUGUAGAAACACCUUUGCCUUACCCUGUGAAGGAUAUUGUGAUGGCUUGUACCGCGAUGGGCUUUUCAGCCAUGUUGUAUGUGAUUUACUUGACAUACUUCCAUGGUAAGAAGAAAAUCAAGUAUGAUUGACGUCCGUCAUUCUUUGACUCAUCUGUGGCUUUCAUUGCGUAUCGCAAGCUACAAUCACAAGUCAGAUUAUAUUUUA